AUGCCAUUCGGGCUCACAAACGCGCCAGCUACGUUCCAACGGUUGAUGAACCAUGUCUUACGCGACUUCAUCCACAAAUUCUGUGUGCUAUACCUUGACGACAUUCUGAUAUACUCCGAGUCAAUAGAAGAACACGAAGUCCAUCUGAGACAAGUGUUCGACAAGCUAAGAGAACAUCAAUUACAUGCUAAGGCCUCUAAAUGUCAAUUAUUUCUGAAGAAAAUAGCGUUUUUGGGUUAUGUAAUUGAUGAAAAUGGAAUUCACUCGGACCCCGAAAAGGUCAGUUGUAUAAAGGAAUGGAGUAUACCCAAAACUGACAAGGACUCUCAGAGAUUUUUAGGUUUGGCUGGUUAUUAUAGACGGUUCGUACCGGGGUUUUCGGCAAUCGCUGCUCCCUUAAAGGACUUCGCGGUACAUUAUGGUAAUCGAGAAACUCCGGUGAGAUGGGGACCCAAACAACAAACAGCAUUCGAUGAAUUGAAGUCCGCGUUAACGAAUGCACCAACUCUUAAACCUUUCGAUCCGACUAAAGAAGUGGUUAUUACCACAGAUGCUAGCGACCACGCAAUUGGUGCCACCCUUAAAAUAUACGAUCAGCGUAAACUGAUUGGGGUAGUAUCCUUCCUGAGCCGAUCGCUUAGAGGUCACGAGUUGAAUUGGCCCGUCCGGGAGAAAGAGUUCUUCGCGGUCGUACACGCCUUACAUAAAUGGCGACAUUACGUGCCAGGAAAGGAGUUCACACUCAGAACAGACCAUCAAUCCCUUCAGCACAUUAUGAAGAAGAAAGGAUUCAAGCUACGCCUGACCAGGUGGUNNNGAAACGAUGUUGCAGAAUUCAAUUUCAAAAUUGAAUACAUCCCGGGUAAGAAGAAUCACGCCAAUCCACUAUCUAGAUUGAACGUCAUGGAAUCAACUGUUUCACCACGAGAGGUAAGCCUCACGGUGUUGGCUCCGGCGUACAUCACCACGCUGAAAAAAGAAUACCAAAAAGACAAGAGGUUUCGUGAAAUUUACGACACCCUCAAAUAUGACAGAGAUCCUCCGAAGGAAUUGGCAACAAUCAUGAAACAUUAUGAGUUACGGGAGGGGUUAUUAAAUUAUUCUAAUCCUAAACCCUUUUCAAACAGACUGGUACUGCCCCGAGGUACCAUUCGGGCUGCUAUUCUAGAACUUCACCAUGAUUCACAUCUCGCAGGACACCCCGGACCUUUCCGGACAUACCAAAACUUAUUCCACGACUACUAUUGGCCCAACAUGGUGCAGACCAUUCAGCGAUACGUUACUACCUGCAAAAACUGUCAAGCCAACAAGCACGUCCGAUUACUAGCUGCCGGUGUUUUCCAACCGCUCAACGUUCCGAAAAGGCCAUGGUCCUCCAUUAGUAUGGAUUUUGUUUCAGGUAUGGCGAAAGUUGACGGUUUUGACGCCGUGCUAGUAGUGGUUGACCGAUUAACGAAGAUGGCAGUUUUCAAAGCCGUUAGUAAGAACGACCAGGCAAAAGAUGUGGCCGACCAUGUCAUAGACAACGUGAUUUGCCACCACGGUUUUCCAGAGGAAAUAGUAUCCGACAAAGACGCAAAGUUCACCGGUAUCAUGUGGGAUCGGUUCGCGCAACGACUCAGAAUUAAACUCAAGUUCUCAACAGCAUACAGCCCGGCCAGUAAUGGCCAGGUGGAACGAACCAACAGCACUAUGAAUGACCUUCUGAAAUCUCUUGGCGAAGCUUACCCAGAGCACUGGCCGAUGUUUGUCGCUACGGCCCAGUUCUGUUACAACAACACGUACCACACCAGUAUCAAAAUGACGCCGUUCUUUGCAAACUAUGGAUUCCAUCCCAGAUUACCGGGCUUCACGAACGAAUUGUCAAGGACGUCAAUUCCGAAUGAGGAGGAUUCACACACGAGUACUGACGGUAGAGCGCAGCUUGACUACCAACUGCAAGCUUUACAAAACAUCUUGCUAUCCACACAACAGAAUAUGUCAGAGGCACAAGACCAACAAUCAAUACCUUUCAACAGAAGACAUCGGCAAGUCAGUUUCAACGUUGGAGACGAAGUAUUGGUCCAUAAGAAGGCGUACAACAGAGCAGCACACAUGAAGUUUCAUCAUUUAUNNNAGUAUGGUCCUUUUAAGAUUGUUAAUGUCGCUCACGGACAAAGCUAUCAGUUGGCACUUCCAAAGAAUAAAAGGAGGAGGACGAGCAUGUUUCACGUAAAUGUCCUCAAGAAAUACGAACCCAGAAUCAACAACGCUGUGGAUGCGCCUCCAGAGGAACAAGAAAAGAUUAAACAACGUUUGGAUGAAAUUGAAAAAGUACUGGAGCUCCACGCAGACGGUUCAUGCGAGGUCCGUUGGAGAAAUGCUGAAAUAUGGGAUACCUCUAACAUUAGAGCGAAAUGGAUUGUACAUUCCUUAUAUGCCAAGUUACUCGAUCCUUUCAAGACGGAAACAGGAUGGCAGGCUUUCAGAGUGGAGGAUAGCUGUGGGACCAGCUUUUCCAGUACCCGGUAG